ACCAAGCUAGCCAUUAAACACAUACAACCCACCGAUCUAUCCUUGCAAGCUUCAGCAAUGUCUCUCUCAAAAUUCAUCUCCUCUUUCAAUCUACUACUCUCCUUUGCUCUGCUUAUUCUCCAAGCUUAUACUGUUUUUGGACAUGGUCCUCUCUUCCAUUUUUGUUCUAGCUCUGAAAACUUCACUUCCAAUGGCCCUUACGAGAACAACCUCAACAAGCUUGCUGGUGAUCUAUACAUCCAAACCCCACAAUCAGGUUUUGGUUUUGGUUCGUCAGGCCAGAACCCAGACCAAUCUUAUGGCCUUGCUUUGUGCAGAGGAGACGUCUCAAGCUCAGACUGCAAGACCUGUGUAGCAGAGGCAAGUGGUGAGAUCCGCAAGCGUUGUCCAUAUAACAAAGCAGCAAUCAUUUGGUAUGAUUAUUGUCUUUUUAAGUAUUCUGAUAAGAAAUUCUUUGGCCAAAUUGACAAUAGAAACAAGUUCUAUAUGUGGAACGUUAGAGUUGUAAGUGAUCCAGAUUCAUUCAACCAGAAGACUAAGGAGCUGCUGACCCAAUUGGCCAAGGAAGCCUAUGCAACCCCAAAAUUGUAUGUUUCAGGAGAUUCAAAGCUUGGAGAAUCUGACAAGCUUUAUGGGUUGGUUCAGUGCACUAGAGAUCUUUCUAAUGCUGAUUGCCAGAAGUGUCUGAAUGGUAUAAUAGGUGAACUUCCAAGCUGCUGUGAUGGAAAAGAAGGUGGAAGGGUUGUUAGUGGGAGUUGCAAUUUUAGAUAUGAGAUUUACCCAUUUGUCAAUGCCUAGAAAAAGUUUAAUUUAAGGGUUAAACCUGUUAUUAUAUCAGGAGAAAUAAAAUAAUUUUACAGAUACACCUGCAGAUAAUUGUAGGUAAUUAAAGUUCUUAGGUUUAACACCAAUUAAGCCCCAGACACAUAUAAGUCUUGUAUUGUAGAAGAUUGGAUUGUUACUCAGUCCAGUUAUGAUUUUUCUUGAUGUUCUCACUUUUAUAUAAUAAAAAAAAAUCAUAAUUGUUGAAUAAAA